AAGUUAAUGUAGUGCUAGUGUUAGCAGUUGGCAGGCAAGUUAAUGCUCCAUGCUUUACUAACAGAGCAUAUUUACAACUUAGUUGAUGGCCUGGGAAAUUAUAGUGUGUCUAAAAGUUUAUAUACAAGUUUAGUGUCAUUUAGUGAGUGUUUUUAAACAUUAUUUGAUUCUCUAAACUUGCCAUCAAAGUGCUGCUAAUUUCAUUAAAACCUAGGUGAGUAUAGUUCAUUAUAAUAUAGUGUUUCCCAAAACAACUAUGAUUAUCUGAGGAUAUUUAACCGUAAAUAGAUAUAAAGCAAGGAAAAUAUGACUCAAGAAUUGACUUGUGAAGAUGGCAAAAAGAUGCCAACAGAUGAGGGUGAUAUGCCGGGAAUGUUUAAGAAACGCUAUAUCCAAGGCUACAUGCUCUUCUUCUUGUUCUUCGUUGCGUUUUCCCUCCGACUUAACCUGUCAGUCGCUAUUGUUGCGAUGACCGACAGCAAAAGUGCUAAUCCAAAUUUUGAGGAACUGGACUGGGACUUAAAAACUCGCAGUAAAGUCCUAAGCGCUUUCUUCUGGGGAUACUUGGUCAUGCAGCUACCAGCGGGACAGUUAGGACAGAUGUUCAGUGUGAAGCAGCUGUUGCUAGUAGCCAGCGGUUUGUGCGCCUGUCUCACGUUGCUUACCCCGGUGGCCGCUACCAAAGGGGGAUGGUUCCUGGUCUGUCUACUGAGGGGGCUGCAGGGGCUGUGUCAGGGAUUUUAUGUCCCUCUAACAUAUACAGUGACAUCAAAAUGGGUUCCUCUGCAUGAAAGAAAUCGCUUCGUUGGCUUUGCUCUAAAUGGAGGGACCAUCGGGGCCGUUGUCUCUCUGUCAGUCUCUGGUAUUCUGGCCAGCAGCGGCGGAGGUUGGCCUAGUGUAUUUUAUGUCUCAGGCGUGGUGGGUUUGCUCUGGACGUGUCUGUGGUGGUGGUUUGGUGCGGACAGUCCGUCUACUCACCCCACCAUCUCGCCUGGGGAGAAAGAAUACAUCCUCACGGCACUCGCUAACUCAGGACAGAAUCAGGACCUGCGGACUCCGUGGAAGGCAAUCUUGACCUCCGUCCCCGUCUGGGCUCUGAUAGGAGUGACAAUCUGCAAUGGUUGGGGGUUCGCCAUCAUACUGACCCAGCUGCCUGCGUACAUCAACUCUGUGCUGGGCUUCCAGAUCCAAGAGAACGGAUUUUUAUCAGCGCUUCCGUACCUCAGUCUAUGGAUAUUCUCCUUCCCUGUGUGUUGGUUUGCUGAUUUCCUCACCAAGAAGAAAGUCUUUUCAACCGUUGUUAUUCGCAAACUCUUCACGACCAUAUGUCUGGUCGGAGGAGCUGUGAUGGUCCUGUCUCUCUGCCUUGUGGAUCGUAACGCCGUGGCGGCCAUGACGCUCAUCACCAUCGGUAUCACCUUCACUGCCUUCAUGUUCAGCGGGUACAACAUCAACCAUCUGGACCUUAGCCCCAACUUUGCCGGAGUGCUGAUGGGACUCUGCAACGGCCUGGAGAAUGUCAGCACUAUACUUGCUCCGCUCAGCGUCGGCUGGGUUGUCUCUGAUCCGACAUCUGUCGCACAGUGGCGGUGGGUGUUCAUCAUAACAGCAGCCCUCGCUUGCAUCGGAAAUGCCAUCUUUGUGUUCUUCGGAAGUGCGGACGUCCAGCCUUGGAACUAUCCUGAUUCUAGUAGUCGUCAAACCAAGACAAGCAACAGUACAACUGAAAAAUACUGAAACUUUUCUGCUCUCUGACCACAAACAGUUUUAAUUCUUAAACAACUGUAAUUAACACAGGACAGUGUUGAAAGAAAAAAAUAAUUUUAACUUAUCAGCUAAGAUUUUUCAAGUUGGGGAUAAAAUGAUUUUCAAGAUUUUAAAAAACCUACCCUAAGUUAUAAAAAUUAAAUUCAGAUGCCCUGAUACUGAAUUAUGGAAAAUUGUCUCUAAAGUUCAUGGAUCACGUAAAGACAUGUUACUUGUUUCAGUAUACGUACUUAAUGUUUGAAAAUAUGAUUUCAGGGGAAACAAAAAGUGUUCCUGCACAACAAUAAGAGGCGGUUCACGAGUACGGGGUUUCGUGGCCCGCGGUUAUCGUUGAUCUCGACGGUCAAAAAAUGGGUUCACGACAUAGAGCGUUAGCCGAGAUCAAGCUUAGCCGAGACCAACGCUGGCCGUUGCUCAAGAGCAGGGAUUAACUGGGAAUUUUCGUUGGGAGGUUGGCAACAGCCACCUGCUGCGCCGCUGCUCGCGGUCGACGAGCCCCAAAACAAGAGGAUGACAUUGCGUCAUAAUGAUUGGUUCAUAAAUUAUUAUAAUUAAACAGAGUAUUUACUGAUAUCGUAUAAAAGGUUGUGGACUUGCACUUGAAUUCAUUUUAUACGCUCUUUUCAAAGAUUUAUGAAUAUCUUUUAUGUAUCAGUAAUUUGUAUAAAAAAUAAAUUUUUAGCAACAACUGGCUAUUAUAGGAGCAGAGAUGCCUUCAUACGUAUACAGUAAUAAACGUAAAUAUAAAAUGGCAAACCUACAAUAACAUUUUAUGACACCAAUAUCUUUUAAAUCGGUUCACAAUUGGGGCUACAAACAGCAGGCCUAAGAACUAAGCCCCUAAGAACAUUUGCGCGUGCCAGACGGGCAGAGCGCAGCCCUAAGCAUGAGAAAACAGGUUAUAAUUUUAAAAAAAUAUUUUGUUGUGAUACAACGUUUUGUAUAUUUAACUAUAUAAUUUAUCUUUUACCUCAGCAAAUUGAAGCAAUUUAUUGUAAAUCCCGAUAUGACAAAUAUUAAGACAUUAUCAGAUGAAAAGGUCUUUCUUUAACAAAUCUUAAAUCAUAAACAUAAUAAUAUAAAAAUAUAAUUUAAAACAUAUGAAAUAAAACUUGGAUACUUAAAUAACACGGAACAAAAAUU